AACGUUACAGUGUUUGAUUUUUUGGAAAUUGUGUUUUUUAGAGCGGGCUUCUUGAAUCAAGAUGGAGAAAUGCCAGAGAGAACAAGAUGGUUCAGCAGUUUUUGAAAGCGCUUACAGAGAUAUUGGAGCGGCUGGAGAUGCCAGUAAUAUUGCAAGAGCUAUAGAUGGAUCUGAAGUUGUGGAAGGACCAGGGGAAAAUAUUCAGACUCGAAAGCAGCAAGAAAGUCACUUAUUGGGUAGAACAACAGAAGAAGAAAAGCUGUUAUCUGGUUUAAGAUCCAUUAAAUUGGCUGAUUAUCGAAGUGACCAGAUAUAUCAUCCAAAGAGACGAGCUUCGUUGAUGAAAUUUGGUUUAGAGCCAUUUGAGGUUGAAAAUUUGUUGAUUUCAAAAGUGAAAUGCUUUUUGGAUGAACCAAAGAUGAAAGUUAUAAAACAUAUCGUAAAGGAAACGGUUUUACGAGAAAAUGUUACAGGUCAAGGCAAACUUGAUAAAAGAAGAUCGUCUAUUUAUAGACUUUUUGAGAAAAGCUUAAUUCCUAACGAAUCGGACAGUCCAAACAAGCUAAAAACCGAUACUUCAAAACAACCGGGAGUUACGCGGUUUGACAAUAAUUUGAAAAAGGAUUACCAUAAAGCUCAAAAUAUAUUUUUCCGGUCAUUAGACGCCAUGAAUCUGCUAGUGCUACCAAUAGACAUCAACGUAGAUGGCGGAUAUUUGAAAAGAAACGCACGCAUGAUAACAACAGCAGAAUUUUGUGACGUAGUUGAUGACGUAACCGAGAUGUUUGUGAAGAGAUAUUCACGUGACCUGAUACCGGUAGAAAAUAUCCAUAUGCAAGCUGUUUAUGAAUCAUGUGAAAGGAUAUGCAUAGAGAGACUUCUUAUGAACAUGGCUAUUCAUAAUGAUAUGCUGGAUUUUAAAAGUUAUGAAAAAUGGAGAACCCACGUGUUGGUGUAUUCUAGUUUUGCUGCUUUAUUGUAUGUGUAUUUAGAAAAUAUAUGGGGCCUUGUCAAGAAAUAGAUAAUGAGUCAUUUAUGGUGAACAUACAUGUAUGUUAGAAAACAAGAUUAAUUCUUUGUUGAAAAAAAAGACAUAAAUUGUUUUUAAAUAUUAUGUUUCAAUUUAAAUUGUUUUAUUCAUUACUGUUUCAUGUCUUUUCUUAAGCAUUUCAAAAUAAAUAUUUACAUGUUA